AUGAACGGCCUUAUCGAGGCGCUGCACAUAUACGACCAUCAUAAGAAGCCCAUCUUGUCGCACAUCUACGCCGGCCGACCUCUCUCCGCCAAGCACCUGCUGCCUCUCUAUCUCGAGCACCCUGUUCCCAGGCCGAACCUGAUAUAUCUCCCCAACGCCAGCCCGGCCACUCUCGUCUUCAGCUCGGCCCAUGCGAACCUCUUGUUCCUGGCAACCUCUUCUACAGAAAUAGAGCCUCUUCUUGUUGUCGAGUUUCUCCACCGCGUAAUCGAUGCGCUUGAAGACAUCGUCGCCGCCCCGCUCCUCGCGUCCGAGAUUGAGAGGAAUUACCAUGUGGUGGCCCAAAUCCUCACGGAAAUGUGUGAUGCAGGCACCAUCAACACUACCGAGCCCAACGCUUUGAAAGAAAACGUCGAAAUGGAGGGCCUGUUGGACAAGAUUUUCGGUGGUUUCAACUUGCCCAGUAAAGCACCCGUGAGCUUGAAUUUGUCCAAUGCGCCGGCUUUGCCUUGGCGAAGUGCCAACGUACGGCACACCUCGAACGAGAUGUACGCCGAUGUUAUCGAGACUCUUGCCGUCACUCUUGCGCCGUCGGGGCGGCCGCUGGCGGCAUUUGCAAACGGCUCCAUUGUAUUCACGGCAAAGGUCUCCGGCGUACCGGACAUUACCGUGAGCCUGAGCAGCCCGUCGGGGAAGCACAAUGUCGGCGGCAUCAUGGAACUACCCGUCUUUCACCCGUGCGUUCGGCUAAAUACAUGGAAGGAGAGGCCGGGGGAACUGAGCUUCAUACCGCCUGAUGGCCGGUUCAUCUUGGCAGGAUAUGAGGUCGACCUGCUGCCGUUCACCAGCGGGAAGAGCGGCAGCCUGGGCGCGAAUAACCUCAAACUACCUGUCAACCUGGAGGUGAAGACGGGACUGGGCCCCGCGGGGCUGGAGUUCGAAGUCAGACUGCAAGUGAACAAGAUUUUCGGCCACCAGACCAUGUCUGGUCCCAACCAAUUUGGACGGGGAAUCGGGUCAGGACGAGUUGGGCCGCCCCACGCGGGGUCCCCCGGCGCGCCGCUGCUCGAAGGACUCCGCGUCACGAUUCCGCUACCUGAAGACGUGAGGAACCUCUCUGACAUUCGUCCGAGCAGGGGAGACGCCAGCUUCAACCCCGGAGAAAGAGUUCUCGAAUGGCAGGUCCCCACCAAGGAGCUGUCUGGGCCGGCCUCACAGCUUGCGCUCCGCUGCACCGUGGUCGGGCCCAUAGAGGACGAGGUGGAGGACUUUGACCCCAGCGGGUUUGCAUUCAGCCACGACUACUCUUGCGAUGAGCCGUAUCAAAGUGCGCCGGGCAAGGCGGAAGGCAAGAAGGGUAACGGCCACGGGCAGGACGCCAAGAAGGCGGCGCAAAACAAGAAUCUGAUGCCGAGCUCGGCGUCGGUGAGCUUCACGGUCAAGGGGUGGUUGGCGAGCGGGUUGAGGGUGGACAGCAUCAUGCUGGAUACAAGGAAGAGCAGAGGCAUGGCUGAAGGGAUAAAGCCGUACAAGGGGGUCAAGUAUUUGACCGUCAGCAAGGGGGGUGUAGAGAUUCGGUGCUAG